AUGUGUCCAUCAUCAUUUUCAAAUGAAUUAACUGAUUUAAUUAAAAAAAUACUUGUAAUUGAUGUUACAACACGACUUGGUUGUAUGGCUAAUGGAAAUAAAGAUAUACAAAAUCAUCCAUUUUUUGAUAGUAUUAAUUUUGUUAAAAUCUAUCAUCAAACAGAAAAUCCUACGAAUAUACCAUAUAAACCAACAAAAAAAGAUCCAUUAGAUCCAUCAUCACUUAAUCAAGCAGAAGAACCAAUACGAGUAUCAAGACAUAAUCUUCAUGAAGAAGAAUUUAAAAUGUUCUGA